UCAAGGUGGCUAGUAACAGCCCGGCCACAGGUUGCGUGAGCGCCAAACCUCUGCCCAAAGUCCAUUACUUUAGUUAGCUUAGCCAUCUUGCUAGCUACAAGCCGCCACCUUGCUAGCAAGAUAGCCGGACUAGUACAAUGCAUGGGCGUAGGCCGUUCAGCUAUACAGAUCAGCGGGGAAGGCUAUUCGGGCAAAUGGCGCUUUAGCAGCUAGUUAGCUAUGUUCCACUUGAUCUCCUGACUGUAACUAGUGCACUGCCCUGCCCAUACCCACAGAAACGUUGCGAGGAGAAAAACGGAGUACAAACUUGCUGUACAUUACUUUUAACUAGUACGUUAGCUAGCUAACGCAACGUUUCUGUGGAUAUGGGCAAUGUAGUGCACUAGUUACAGCCAGGAGACCAGGUGUAACGAUAGCUAGCUACUAGUUAAAAGUUAUACAAAGCAAGUUUUCAGUCAGGUUUUUCUCCUCGCCUUUUAAAUGUGUAGGGACCAAGUAGGAAAGAUAGCUAGCUAGCUAGUAACCGUGGCUUUCAAUGAGCCCCAUGCAGUGCCCCCCUUUCUAACUAGGACAGAAUAACCGAAUAACACUUUGGAGGUUUGAAUUAAACCAUACAGCCAGCCAUUGGCUGAAACUGAGAGGCAACUGAACUGAAUCGGUUUAUGGGCAUGGUCUGCCCUGAGAGCAUCUUAUCUAUAUUUUACCUUGUCCUAUCUGUCCUCCCGUAUUAGGUUACACUGGGAGAGGAGUCAGGAUGGCACAAACCGAGGUGACGACAGUCUCCAUGGGGGACUUGAUGGUGAUGAGGGCUGCUGAGGAAGAUGAUGGUGAUGACAAUGAAAGCAAGACACAGGUCAUCCUCCAGCUACAACCAAUCACAGCAAGUAUGGAUGAGUCGGGAGAGGCAGACACAGCUGUUGUGGCUGUGGAGUCACACCCAGAAACGACAGUUGACGGGGAGGACGUAGAGUUGGGCUAUCCCAUCACAUGUGGAGAGUGUAAAGCUGUGCUACUGGUCAAGAAGUUUGUCUGUCCUGGAAUAAACGUAAAAUGUGUCAAGUAUGAAGACCAGCUGAUCAGUCCCAAGCAGUUUGUCCACAUGUCUGGGAAGGCUACACUGAAAGACUGGAAGAGAGCUAUCCGGAUGGGCGGGGUCAUGCUCAGGAAGAUGAUGGACUCGGGGCAGCUAGACUUCUAUGAACACAACACUUUGUGCACCAACACGUGUCGUAGCACCAAGUUUGACCUGCUGAUCAACAACACGCGCUUCCCCCCUGACGGCAGCGGCCUCACCACACCCACCUCCUCACAAGCCCAGGUGGUGAUUGGUAAUGGUGGCCAGGUUGCCAUGACAACAGAGGAGAGGUCAGAGGUUCUGACCGGAACAGUGGAUUGGAGUUCUGGGGCCGUAGCAGUGGAGACAACAGAGAAGAAGGAAACCAGUGAGAUAUCAGAGGAGACGUUGAACUUCUGGAGAGGCAUAGCUGAUGUAGGCCUGAUGGGGGAGGUGGUGGACAACAUCAGGACAGAGCUGCUGGAGAUGCUGAGAGGAGUGCAGUUACGCAGCGAGCAGGCUGCCAUGCAGGACGCUGAUUCCUGUCUGGUAGAGGUGGCAGUGUUGAGUAACCUGGCCCAGGUGUUCGGCCUGCUGGACUCGGUCAAACACAUCCUGAGCGUAAGGAGAGAACAGACUGACCCUGGAGAGGAGCAGGUCCUUAGCACACUGACCAACCUGGAGAUGCAGCUGGAGGAACAGAGACGACAGCAGCACGUCAGGGCUCAGCUCUGCCACCCUCAGCCCCUCAACAACAUCAGCCACACCCCAGGAGGCAAACCCACCAAGCCCAAGGCCAAACGCCCCCGCCUGCAGCGGCCAGCCUCCACCACCACCCUCACCUCCUCCCCCUCCCAGCCCCAGACAGCCACCCUGCAGCCCCAGCAGUUCACUAUCCUCUCCCCCAUUUCAUUCUCCUCCAUGGGCCAGCCCUUCUCCCUGUCAGGCCUCCCAAUGGCCACGCUGGGUCAACAGAACAACACAGUAACCCUUCACACUCUGCCCGCCGGCUCUCAGACCUUCACCCGAUACAUCACCACCAUGGUGGGGGCCGACGGCAAGACGGAGACCCUGACGCUGCACCCUUCCCAGGGGCUGACGCUAGUGGGCACCACCCUCCAGGACCCCAGUCAGCUGGGAGGAACCAUGAUGAGUCCUGUGGAGCUGGUCCAACUCACCCAGGGAGGGGUGACCGACGGUGGGGAGAUGAUGGUGGAGCAGCCCAUGGGCCAGGUUGUGGAGAUGGGGAUGGUACAGGAGGGAUUGGAGGAGGGGGUUGAGGACAAGAGCCAGGCACACACCACCGUGAUUGAGAUCGACCCCGCGCCGGGAGACCAUGACCAGACCAUGGGGGCGGUGAUGGAGUUACAGCUGGCCCAAGAAGGAGAGGCCGAGGCUGGGGAGGAGGACUCUGCCGUAGUGGUCCAUGCUGGGAUGGAGGUGACCAUGGUCUCGGAGGGGAAUGAGGGGGAGGGAGGGGAGGAGAUGGUGAUGCAGGGGGAGUCGGAAGAUGCCCAGGGGGAGGUGCUUGAGGCUGGGCAGCAGAGCCAGGUAGAGGGGGUACAGCUGGAUGCUAAUGGGCAGAUCUCAGGCCUAAGGAUAAUGGUGAUCGAGGAGGAGACUCAGGAAGAGGACAAGGACAAAUGAUCCAGCUCAGCUCUGCAGACAAAGACAAUACCCUCUCUUCCCCCUGGAGCCAUGUCCGACAGUAGGGAUGGGACUAGCCUGUUCCCAGAUCUGUUUGUGCUGUCUUGCCAUCUUGCUGUGACAAUUAUCGUAGGAGCUGGCAAGAUGGAACAAAAAGAUCUGGGACCAGAGUAGGGAUGGACUCAUGGACAGAACAUAAAAGAGAAUACGCAGGCAGACUUGUGGUGUAAUCAAGUGUGUGGAGUGUAGACAGAAAGCUGCCAAAGACCUAGCCUUUUUAGAGUAGCUGUGGUCCUUAGCAGCUAGGCCAAGGUGUCCCUUAUUUUCAUUGUUGUUUCCUUAGUUUUUAUUAAAACAAAAUGACAACAUAGCCAGGCACCGUAUCUUAUAUUGUUUGUUUUUGUUACGCAUUUGUAUGACUUCAACUUGAAGAAGACACCCAAAUACAAUUUUCAGAAAAGGUCCCAGGUUAUUGGCUUGAGAUUGGUAUGAAUAACAGUCUGGUGUUGUAUUCAAGGUGUGUUACCCUUUUGGUGUGUGUGUGGAGCUAGAGGUCUACUGUGGGAUGAUGGCAACAGUUCUAAAACAAAGUCUGCUCUAUGUUACACAUUUCUUUCAACAAUAGAAAGCAUACCACUUUCUCUUUGCAGCUUUUGGGAUGAAGUCUUCUGCAGUUUUUGUCAAACAAAACAAAGAUGGUAUCUUGUUGAGCUCACCAUUGUCAGAUCGAAGCUUUUUUGGCAUUUUCUUUGCAGGAUUUGCAUUAUAUUUCACCCUGAUUCUCUGUAUGGUGACAAAUGCGGUAGAUGUAUUGUAUAUGCAAGCUCCAUAGAGAACAACACAUUUGCAGUUUUUCCCCCCUCUAGGAUUUUUAGCAUGUGGUUAUUUUAGCAACAAGGUUUUGUAUAGAUAGAAAUGGAAAAAGUUAAAGUAUGACCAAGAUGGUUAUGUAAGUCAAAGAAUAAUGACAGGGACUCGUAUGUCAAGCUGAACAAAAUGCUGUAACACUUUAGUAAGAAAGUAUACACACGCUUUCAUAACACUUUUAAUGAAACCUUCCAUAACCAUUCACUAGCCUGCGGAUAUUGUUGCACUCGCUUUGUCUAGGGCUCCUAAGCCUAGUUACAUGGUCUGUAACCUGAGUGAAUGGGUGCAUUUAUGUGACAAAUCAGCGUUUGAGGCGGCAGGUAGGUCAGUAACAGAAAGGACGCUGGUUCAAAUCCCUGAGCCGACUAGGUGAAAAAUCUGUCGAUUUGCCAUUGAGCAAGGCACUUAACCAUAAUUACUCCUGUAAGUCGCUCUGGAUAAGAGCGUCUGCUAAAAGACUGAAAUGGAAAUGUAAUAGUACCUAUAUUAGUGUUGCAGUAUCAUUCAUAACAUUCAUAACACAUUUAUUCAACAUCAGCCUCAUGUUCACCCCCUUCAAGCAAAGUGUUACCCAAACCGCUACCCGGCCUAGAACAAAUAAAAGUUCUUACUCAGUUUAUUUUACUCAUAAUAACAGACACAGAAGUGCAGUGCUGAGACCAAAAUGAAUAAAUUCAUUCAAUUAUUUUGGUCAAUGAAUGUGAACAAAGUUGUUAUCUGUAAUGACCUGUUCUGUAUUUCCAUAAUUACUUUGUAAUGUGUUUUAAUAUUAUUAAAAGAAAUCAAUUGGU